UAUAGCUGAGUACUGCUGUACUGCGUAGUCAGCGUCAGUUAUCGUAGUGUACACUUUCGUGUUCAUUCCAAUUUAUUGUAAAUCCAAACGCGUAAAAUUGAUUUUCAUGUAAAAUAGUACAUAUAUUUAGAUAGAAAACAGAAAGCAGGAAAUUAGGAUAAUCGAUAUCAAGGCCGUGAUAGACUUCGAAUUAUCGCUGAAAAGGCAUAUAAAGUUGUACAAGCCUCUUCGGAGUUCUCCGCCCUUUUUAUCGCUCUUCGCAUAUCGUUAUUUGCAGAUAGAAUGAACAAUGGAGCACUCUUGUGACCACAAAAUGUGUUGCGAAGGAGCUUCGCGGUACAAUGUCUGUCAGAAUAUAGACGAACUUUAUUUCGAACGCGGGCUUUGGACAGCAGCGCUAGAUGGUGACGAGGAUCGUGUCCUUAAGCUACUGCAGAAGGGCGUCUUCGUCGAUACGCCGGACACGACCGCCGGCUACACAGCGUUGCAUUACGCAACGCGGAGUGGGCAUUACAACACGUGCAAGAUUUUGCUGCAGCACGGUGCGAAUGUGAACGCGUGCACCCGCAGCUUGAGAGCGACGCCUUUGCAUCGCGCGGCCAGCAUGGGCCAUGUUAAAAUCCUCAAGCUGCUGCUUACCUACAAAGCAGAUCCCAAUCUGACAGAUGUAGACGGUAGGACAGCUUUACAUCGGGCGAUUCCGACGAUAGCCGGCUCCGCUGAGGGCAUCGAAAUCCUUCAGUCAUUGUUGCGGAUCACCGAUCGCACUAUCAAAGAUAAAUACGGGCAAACUGUCGAUGACGUGUUUGAAAAUUGGAAAAUCACGCAGAGCGAUGAUGAAAAAAUAAAAAUAAUAGAGAGAUUGUUUUAUCGCAGUCAGGAAUAAUAAGAUGAGGAUGAAAAAUGUGUGGAAUUGCAAGUAUGCAUUUCUCUUUUAUAAAGAAAUCUCGUGAA